AAACCCUGAAGAGGUCGAGCGUGAAGAGAAGUAGAGAAGCUUGGUUGAGCAACAAUGGAGGACAUAUACGAAGAACCCAACAAGGACACGGAGGUCGCUCCUGCACUCAUCGCAGUCCACCCGACCCAGAAUUCGGUUGCACUCGCAAUCGGGUCGGACCUUCGCGUCUUCAACCUUAUUGGGGGUUGUGCAGUGUCUUUGGUGGAAAAUUCUGGUGGGGCACUUCAUAAAGAUUCCAUAAGAGCCAUUCGGUACGGAGCAAGUGGGAAGUUAUUUGUGUCUGCUGGUGAUGAUAAACUUGUCAAGAUAUGGUCAACUGAAUCUUGGCAUUGCAUUAGUACUGUGUGCUCAGAGAAAAGAGUGACUGCAGUUGCCAUAAGCAACGAUGGUUCCUAUGUUUGUUUUGCUGACAAAUUUGGGGUUGUCUGGGUUGUGGAUGUGGAUGUGGAGGGCCUUGAUGGAAACCAAGCGUCUGCUAACAAAAAGGCAGCACCUAUGCUUUCUCACUAUUGUAGCAUCAUAACAAGCCUGGAGUUUUCUCCUGAUGGACAAUUUUUUGUCAGUGCUGAUCGGGAUUUCAAAAUUCGUGUUACUGUGUUUCCGAAGAAGCCUCUAGAUGGAGCCCAUGAGAUACAAAGUUUUGCACUUGGUCAUACAGAAUUUGUUUCCUGCCUUGCCUCUGUUUACACUCAGGAAUUCCCCCACGGUUUUCUUGUCUCUGGAAGUGGUGAUUCAACUGUUCGCCUAUGGGAUAUUUCCUCAGGAUCUCUUUUAGAUACUUGUGAUAUUAGAGACAAGGCAGGACCUUCGGAGUUUAAAGGAAUAGAAGAAGAGUGCUGUUCUGCAGUAACUGAUUUAUGCACCAUCCCAGAUAGUACACUUGUUGCAGUGGCUGUACAAAGUUUGCAAGGGAUUAUAUUGUUGAGAUGUGAUCUUUCUGCUCGAACACUCAAUGUUGCCAAGGUGGUAUCUAUCAAGGGCGAUACAUUUAUUCCUACAAGCCUGGCAACUAGUGUAUCCUCGGGAUUAUUGUGGAUGGUAACAGGUGCCUCUAACUUGGGUGAUCUUGAAAGCCCUUCUUUGGCUCGUGUCAGGGUUAUCUCUGACUUUAAGAAAACCAGUCCUGAUGUUGUUCAGCAGGGGCCAACUGUUUUGGAAGAUGAUGAGACCCCUGGGGGCGAGAAAUUGCUCAAAAAAUUGCAGGGAAGAGUGUCCAUUGACGAAAAGGUUUUCUCAACAGCAGCUGAGGCUUUGAAAACAUCCAUGAGCAAAUUACUAAUAAAGAAGCAGUACUCUACAGAGAGAAGAGAAUUUAGAAAGAGAGGUAGAAAUGAUAAGAAACUCAAACAGUGAAAGGAUUCCAGCAAUGGCAAAAGGAUACCCCGAACUCUUUGUAAUCCUCUUAGCUCCUGUAACCCUAGUGUCAUUUUUAUUUGUUUUCCUCACAUCUUUGUACCAAUAAUGCUUGUAUUAGUUUAAGAUUUUUGAAGAGCUGUGCUUUUGGAAGUUGCUAUGAAUUUGUCUAAACACUAAUUGCAGCCAUGUUGUAUUCAACAGAUUGCUUUUUCACUACAAA